UGGCAUCACUACUGAAAUGUAAAAAGAAAAUAGUCUGAAUUUCGCUUAAUUUAAAGGAUACAGCUUGUUGAUAUUAGCUCCUCAGUUUUGGAAGUGUUUCUGCAUAAUAUUCUAUUGAUGACCUCAUCAUGGAUAAUUCUGUUAUUGCAAAAAGUGGUUGGCUUUACCGCCAAACUACAGUUCUAAAAAAGUGGCAAAAAAACUGGGUCGAGUUAUAUAGAGAUGGCCAUUUGAAAUAUUAUGAAACUGAAUGUAGUCCUAAUGCAGAAGACACAAUAUUUAUGCCAACGGAAUGUUUGGCUAUAAAAGCUGGUUUGCAAGUAGAAGCAGUUCAACCCCCUGAUGGUUACGGAAUUCAUAACUUGUUAUCCAUUAUUACAUCUACAGGAAAAACAUGGAUAUUUUGUGGUGAAUCCUCCGAUGAUAUGAGGGCUUGGCAGUUGGCUUUAGAGCAAGCCCGACUAUUUGGUAUGCAUCCCCAGAUGUCUGCACAAGCUCCUCAAUAUAUGGCAGCUUAUAAUCCUGGCUUUCUCUCUGCAUAUGGUGGUGAUUCAUCACUGCCAUAUAUGCCACAGUUUGCAUACCCUCCACCAGCUUACUAUGGUUAUCCUGGUUUGCAAUACAUGUCUACAGCUCCAGGACAAGCUGCUUUAGUUUACCAGCCUGAAAGGUACAUUCGACCAGAUGGUUCAGAUGUUGGCCUUGGCAUGUUGGGGAGCCCAGCAGUUGGCCCUCUCUCUUGGGGUCCAUUAUUGUGGUGGUGAACUCUAAAAUGCUUGUACUAAGCUACCAUGAUUUAUUAUUUCAUUUUAUUUUGUUGCUUAUGUUGUGAGUGAAUUUUUUCUAGUCCAAAAUUCUUCAUUGUUUGUUCCAAAAAAGAAAAAAAAGUUAUUUAAUUGAAAAUAUGUGUGUGUAUGGUUUUGUUAGAAUGGAAUUAGAUAUAAUUUCAUUCUAAAAGUAGUAAAAAAUGUGUCUAAUUCAUGAACUUUAAUAUAUGUAGAAAUAUUGGAACAUAAUCAGCUAUUUAAUGUAUACAUUAAAACAUGCUCUGCUCACAUUCUAAGAAUAUCAUUAGAAAGAGAGAAAGAAAAUGGAUUUGUUACCUUUUAUUCAUUGAAAUCAAAUACUUCAAAAGCCAAAAACAUAUUUAAAUGCCUGCAAGGAAAAAAAAAACUUUGCUCUGUUAGCCUAACAAUUCAAAAAAUAAAUACAAAAGUAAAACUUUCGAUUAAAGCAAAUUUCAAUAUAAUUUAUGUUAACAUGUCUAUAAUUUUAUCUAGAAAUUACUGCUCGAUAAGGCCUCUUAUGUUUUCAUUUUGCUAAAAAUGCAAUGAUGAAAAUUGAUGAGCCUAACCUAUUUUGUUCUUACUGCAACAACUUUGUAAAUUUUUCAGAAUCAUGUAACUUAAAAAUAUUUUUUCUAUGAACAAUACAAUACUGAAUAUUUGAAUAUUAUUGCAUGUAAGUAAAUGUAAAGUUAAUUUUCAAUGUUUCUCUACAAAUACUCAAUUUGUUUAAAAAAUCCGUCUCAUUUACAGCUUAGAACAGCUUUUACCUAUGUUAUCAUUAUUUUCAUUAAUAUUGGUUUUACUACUCUCCCUGAGAUUAAUAGCUAUGACAAUUAUAUUUGAAAUGUACCAGCAUAAUUAUUUUUUUUCUUAAAUUAUUGUUUUAAGGUUUGUAUUUUUAACAUACAUGUUUAAAGUUUUCUUAAUGUAUCAUCCUUUAUCUAAAAUAAAACUAUACAGCUACUUCAGAAAUAGAAUGGCUGAAGUAGUUUAAAACUAAUAACUUAGUUUUUAAAUUUUGUAUAUUUAAUUUUAAUUGUGUUCUCCAAGUAGGUGUUGCAUGUUCAAUAAAAAUGUUGAUUUUAUUUUCCAUUAAUAUAUAUACUCAAUCAAACUCCAGUGAUUUAUAUUGAAAACUGAAACUAAAUCAAGUAUAUCAAAAGACAAAUUAUUAUUAUUUUAGUAAAGAAAUUUGUCGAUUAAAAAGGUUACAAUAUGUAGGAAUUUACAACAAGAAAAAAAUACUUGACAGUUAAAGUUAAUCCACAGUUAAAUCAUGAAAUGAAAUUUGAAUUUCUUUUUUGUCAUAGCUUUUCGUCCAUGAAUUAAACUGAAACAAACUAGACUAGAUUUUAUAUGUUUCAUAAAUUAUAUAUUUAAUACUUUCUGUGUGAGUGUUAUUUAUUGCUUUUGUGAAAUUUUUAUUGGAUGUUUUUAUGCAUAGUUUUUAUGUAAUGUUUUUAUCUGUAUUGUCCACUGCUGAUGAAUAGAAAGCUUUUGUUACUAAAUUCUAUAGCGGAGGACAAAGAGUGUAAAUAGAAUUGUGUAUAAAUAGAUGUUCUAAAUGUAUCUAUAUGUAAUUCACAUAACAUAUGUGAAGUUAUCUGAAUUGUAAAUUUUAAUUUGUAGCUAGUAGAAGAAAUUUAGCUAUGAAGUCUUAUAUGCAAUAUGUUCAUUAUUUCACAUUAAAAAAAUUUUGCUUA